AUGUUAAAAAUGGUGGUAAAAUAUACAAUGAAGAUGUCUCUUUUCGUCAUUAUGUUUUCCACUGUUACUAUCACUGUUCAUGGUUUCUCUACGACGCUUGAAGGUCCGUUCGAGCCCGAGACAGCUCCGCUCGACCCGAAUCUUAACCCGGUUGCAUUCGACUUGCCAGAAUCAGACCCGAGUUUCUUACAACCCAAUUCAGAGUUUCAGCCUGAACAAAUCUCAGUCUCUCUCUCUUACAGCUUUGACUCCGUCUGGAUUUCUUGGGUCACAGGGGAAUUCCAAAUCGGAGAAGAAGGGUCUCUGCCUCUGGAUCCUAACUCUGUGCAAAGCAUAGUUCAGUACCGUGAAUUCAAUGUCGUUACUAGAAGCAGAUACGCAACAGGUCAUUCUAUUGUUUAUAACCAACAAUAUCCACCUGAGAAUGGUCUCAAGAACUAUACUUCAGGCAUCAUCCACCAUGUUCAACUCACAAGUCUUAAACCAAGUACAUUGUAUCGAUACCGAUGCGGAGACCCGUCUGUAUCAGCGAUGAGCAAAGAGUAUUACUUCAGGACAAUGCCUAAGUCUACAUCAGAGAAUUACCCGCAUAGAAUCGUUGUGGCUGGGGAUUUAGGUCUUACUUACAACACAUCAACUACUUUGAGAAGUAUCCUAUCUAACCAUCCUGAUCUGGUGGUUUUGAUUGGAGGAUUCAGCUACGCUGAUACUUAUCUCACGAAUAACACUAAACUAGAUUGUAGUUCUUGUCAAUGUGACCAUAAUGGGACCAGUACUUCUGAUUGUGAUUCUUGUUAUUCUAGUGGAGAAACUUAUCAGCCUCGCUGGGAUUAUUGGGGAAGGUACAUGGAGCCACUCACGGCUAAUGUUCCAACCAUGAUGGUAGCUGGAGAUCACGAGAUUGAGCUGCAGAUCGAUAAUAAUCUGACCUUCAGUGCAUACAGUUCAAGAUUCACAUUCCCUUCAAAUGAAAGCGGUUCUUUCUCACCGUUAUACUAUUCUUUCAACGCGGGAGGAGCUCAUUUCAUAGUGCUUAAUUCAUACACACCAUAUGAUAAUUCAUCUGAUCAGUAUGUUUGGCUUGAAAGUGACCUGAGAAACAUAGAUAGAUCAGAAACUCCAUGGGUUGUGGCAACUUGGAGUCUUCCAUGGUACAGCACAUUCAAAGGGCAUUACAGAGAAGCUGAAUCCAUGAGGUUAGUUCUUGAAGACUUGCUCUAUAGCUACCGAGUUGAUAUCAUCUUCAAUAGUCAGGUUGAUGCCUAUGAGAGAUCAAACAGAGUCUAUAACUACGCUUUAGACCAAUGUGGUCCGGUUUAUAUAUCAACCGGUGCAGGAGGAGCUGGGAAGCUGGACAUUGAGCAUGUAGAUGACCCAGGAAAUUGUCCAGAUCCUUCUCAGAACUACUCGUGUAGAGCCAGUGGCUUUAACUUCACGUUAGAGCCUAUAAACGAUGAGAUUUGUCCGGUUAAGCAGCCAGACUAUAGCGCAUACAGAGAGAGCAGCUUCGGUUUCGGUAUGCUAGAAGUGAAGAAUGAGACGGAUGCAUUGUGGAGCUGGAACCGGAAUCAAAACGAGUACUAUCUCGCCGCAGACAUUAUAUAUAUUGUACGUCAGCCUGACAUUUGCCCGGUUUACAACUAAACCAACUAGUUAGAUGAUUUCUGUAACAUUCUUUCAGUUAACUAUGCAAUCCUCAUCUGUAACUCAACUUUGGUUAGAAGUUAGAACUAGCACGGAUCUGUUCGUUCUGAACUUAGAAUCAGUUUAUAGCAGCAAUUCGUUAUUAAACACAAUUCAUGUAAGAUUCGUUAUCAUUUUAUAACGCAACUUUGUGUAUGACUAUUAAAAACAAUAUC